GAGUGGCUGCUACAUUACGUAGCUGUCUGUGCACAUCCACGCCCGCACUUGCCUAGCAAUCUGCGUUCGUCAUUCGUGUGCACUCAUGCAAUCUGCCUGCGGCAUAUAGCAACAAGAGAACGUUUUGGGACCUAGCCAAGUCGUUCUGACCUUGUGGGCAGUUUGGAUAUGAUAAUUCCGCCCGCUUACAAUUCUGCUCGCGCCGACAUUUUGGCUGGCAUCUGCGCCCUCUGACAGCAGGCUACCCCUCGGCCUCAGGCUCAGGCUCCAAACUCCAUCUUCUUGCGAGUUGCCCCAUCCAGCAAGAAUUCAGACCCUGGCAGGGUCAAAGAGAGCUUUGAAAGUCGGACAUGGGCAUGGCAUUGAAGAUAGGAGGCGCAUAGUUAGGGUGUUGGAGAAGGCUUACGAUGCAGAAGAGACAGCAGAUAGGGCGGAGAGUCUAGGAUAAGUGCAUGUGUAUGGCUGCCGAAGUGCGGUGAUUUGUGCUGGAAUUAUAUGUACAGAGUGGUAGACACAGCCUUGGAGAGGAGAGACCCGCCGGGAUUGUGCAGACAUUGAUUGUGAUUGGAUUUUAGUGACGAGGGGCAUGAUGCGUAGUGACUCGUGCAGGUCGGAGCUGCAGUGCUCUGGCCGGGAGAGCACCCUCACCCCCUGGCAUGGGGUUGUGGAUGCGCUCCUGUUACUGCUGGCUGCCCCUCUGCAGUGGCUGCUCAACCUGCUGAACCCAGACGCCUUGCUUGCUAUUCCUUUGGUUCGAACAGUGGCUACUCUAGUCUUGGGCCCCAAGUGCAGGCCCUUCUUGGCCCGGUCCUUGGUGCCGGUGCACAAGAGCACAGCAGCUUUGGAUAGUUUGAAGUACCCUCUGUCACAAGACAGCAGACAGGCGUUGAUGAUCGCUUCGCAGCAGGCUGGCCUUUGGCAAGAAAGUGCUCAUUAUGGUCGACAUUCGGUGGCGCUUCCGGAGCUGGGCCGCAUCCUUCUGUUGGCGGCGGGGGCCAGUCGCUUGUGCGUGGAGGCGAUUGUUAGUGCCCUGGCCCGUGAGUGCGGGGCCAGCCUGCUGCCGGUCGACCUCAACUUCCUGGAGACGCUGACAACGGCAGCCUUGGGGACUCAACCAAAGCGGCCAGAGGCGCAGGAGGGGGGCUUCAUGGCAUUGCUUGUGUCUGCGUUCUGGUCCGGGGGGAAGCACGCAUUUGCACUAGACAUCGUGCGGGCGUUUUGCAAAAGGGCGUGUGCAAAUGGCCCCGUAAUCCUGUACGUCUCCGACGUGGACGAGACAGCCUGCGGUACAUCCGAGCGCUUUCAUGCCUUCCUGGAAAGCUGGGGCGACCAAUACGGGCCCAUCUCGACAGAGCAGCUACUACAGCAGGAUGACGAUUGGGGCCCCCUCCUGAUUGUGGCUGCAUCGCGAGUUGGGGAGGAGGAUAUUGUCGAAGGCCAUGAGAAGGAUAUGUCUGCGCUGGGAGUCAUGAAGGAGGAUACGUUUUUCCAACGAGCGGCCGCUGCACUGGGCCUGUCCAUCUUUCCUCUGGAGUGGCUCAGCCGAAGCCGGAGCAAGCCGCCGGAUGUGGGGGCCAUGCUGCAGCAGCUCUUCACCACCACGGUGCGCUUGGAGCCCCUUGGGGAGGGGCCUCUCCUGGCGCGCUGGAGGCGCCUGCAGCGGGAAGAUAUGGAGGACGAGCAAAGCCUGGUCAACUGGGCACGCCUGCAGGGCCUUGCCGUUGUUCGAGACAUCCUCUGUCCACCUCGACACAGCUCCUUGUACAAGCACAGGAUCCUGGAGCGCAGCGAGUGGGCCAAGGUGCUGGCGUGGGCGCUGGCAGCCCACUUCGAGGGGCAGCGCGCGCAGAGUGCGGCCAAGGAGGCCUGGGAGAUGGACGACGACGACAGCUGGGACGGCCGCCGCAGCUCCAUCUGUGGGGAGACGGGGCUGCUGCUGCUGACAGAGGGGGAGCUCAAGUAUGGCGUAAGGAUGCUUGAAGCAACGAGCAUGAACCACCGGACGAGUGUCAAGCCCUCCAACAUCUACGAGCAGCAACUCAUGACCGACGUCCUCCACGACGACGACCUGGGGCAGCGCUCGCUGUCCAGCUUCUCCUCCAUCGGGGCCAUGGACGAGCCCAAGGCAGCGCUGCGCGAGGCUGUUGAGCUGCCCAUGCGCUACCCCGAGCUCUUCCGGGGAAGCUCGCUGCUCCAGCCAGUCAAGGGCGUGCUGUUGUUUGGACCUCCCGGCACCGGGAAGAGCUCGUUAGCGCGGGCGGUGGCUGCCGAGUGCGGGGCGACGUUCAUCAAUGUACAGAUGUCGACUGUUGCUUCCAAGUGGCUGGGUGAAGGCGUGCGCUACAUCCGGGCGCUCUUCUCGCUGGCGGCCAAGCACUCGCCAGCAGUCAUCUUCGUGGACGAGGUGGAUGCCCUGCUGGGGCGGCGGAACAGUCACACGGAGCAUGAGGCACUGCGCGAGAUGAAGAACGAGUUCAUGGCGCACUGGGACGGCAUCCGGGCCACGUCCAAAGGCGAGAGGGUGAUGGUCCUGGCAGCAACGAAUCGCCCGCAAGAUCUUGAUGAGGCCGCCCUGAGGCGGUUUGCGAAACGGAUAUUCUGUGGGCUGCCAAAUCAGAACGAGCGCCUGCAAAUCUUGCGAGUUCUUCUAGCUGAAGAGUCUGUGUCCAACGACGUGGAUCUCAGUAAGCUGGCAGAGCGGACAAAUCGAUACAGUGGGAGCGACCUGCGCAACCUGUGCAUGGCGGCCGCGAUGUGGCCGGUGCGGGAGCUGGCCAGCACGCUGCAGGAGCGCAAGGACUCGCACGAGGGGGUCAGCACCAGCGCAGCCGGCGCGCGGGAGCCGUCCAUGUUCUCCCCUGCGCAGUGGCAGCUGGAGGGGAUGGAGUGGUCCCCCAAGCUGAGGCCCAUCAUGCAGGAAGACUUCGAUGCGGCACUGCGGCAGGUCAACCCUUCCACGAACGAAGACAGCUCCUCAAUGACGGCCUUGCAAGAGUGGAAUAGUCGCUACGGAGACAACAGUGACCAGUCAAGUCGAGAGGUCCCUAGUUAUUUUAUGUAGGAACAGGUGGUCUAUGAAGUUUAAAAGCGAGUCGUAUGUUGUCACAAGGGGUCGUCCUGGGAGGAUGCUGAUGACAUCUCUACAAGUUGUAUAAAGCAAGACGUCAUCGGGUUCAGAAUUGUCUUUCUUUAUUGCUUUUCCAACCAAAGCUGGCCAGGGCGGUCAAGCAAUAAUCCCAUUUGAAUAACGCUUCGACGCACCUUCUUUCAAGGAGUUGAUUGAAAAGGC